GUCAAUACAAACAUUCAGUUCACUAUGAACGCUUCCCUCUCUGAUUUUAAUAGUAUCUCUCUCUGAAAUAUUUGCAAAUAUCCUACAAUGCUCAAACUAUUUCAAUAACAAAACACUAAACAGUUUCAGUUCAUUUUGCGGAAAAAACAAAGUGAAGUUCAUGGAAGGAGGGUCUUCGCAAAAGAGAUCAAAACAUGUAGCCGGCUCUUAUUCAAGACAAUGGCAUCUUUAUGUUCUCAAAGAAAGAUACCAUGGUAAAGUGAAGGUGUUUUGUAUUGACUUCCUUAUUGACUUCCUUAUUGACUUUUUGUUUGUAGCAAAUGUACUUCAAGACAUACUUCAAUACAAUGAGAAGUAUCAAGGAUACUUGAAGGAGCAAAAGAAAUCAGGAGUAAAAAUAGUUGGCUAUAUUAGAAAGUCACUAUGUGAGAAAGACGAAGAUAAGAGGACAAGACUUUUAGAAAGAAUGAUUCACAACUUACGAGAUAGAUCAUUAGCCGAAUAUAUCUUAUGUACCCUUGGGGACAGGUUGGGUAGCAGUUACAACUUGAGCAGCCUUUCUUUUCUUCGUUUUAGGUUCAACAGAAUACUACUGCUUCUAGAGAAUUUCUAGGUCGUCUGCCUUCAAAGGGUUGACCUUUGUGAAAUUUAUGUAUCCCUCUGGCCAUAUACGACAGAUAAUGUUGACAUUUAUCCCUCGCUGUGUUUUCAUUUUGACACUUGCAGGCUCAUUUACUUCCGACCACGCUCGACAUCUAACCAUUUGGGAAUUAAACACGGCUUCGUCCACGAAAACACAAUUCGUCAUGAAAUUUACAUCAGCCGCUCGCCAUUUUUUAAUUAUGCUCGCGCGAAGCUCUAAUGUCCUGGGAGCAUCCCUUUCCGCAGUGUACUUGCUGGCUUUUUUGCAGAGAAAGGCGGCAUUUUUCUCUAAUGCGCGUAUAUAAGCUCGAUAGAGCAAUCUUCUCAAUUUCUGGAUGUCUUUCGAUUAAUUUGAUUCUUGCUUCAUGUAGUACAAGGCAAGGAUUUUCAUCAAAAGGCUCAAUAAAGUAUUUUGUAUGCUCAAAUGAUCUGGUCACAGAAAACAAUAUAGCUGACAUAUCCCC